UUUGCAGAUAAACUGUCUCUCCAUAUUUUCCUUCAACACUUGAAAAUUUUUGGCAUUUAUUAAUUGGAGAUUUUGUUGAACGCUCAGAUGACAGCCUUUGUUGCUAAAAAUCCUUUAACUCCCUCAUUCAAUCAAUCAAUCAACUAAUCAGACUCUGUACAUCGCUGUCAUUUAACGUCAUAUUGAUUAAUUUCUGAAACGCGUAGUUGUUCUUUUGUAAGGAAAUUUGCCGGUACUGACUGAACUGCAUAAUAAUUUGUUUUAUAACCAUAUUCAGUUUUUAAUAUAUCUUUGCUUGGCGUUUCGAAUAGGAAUGUGUGGAAUCUUUGCAUAUCUGAACUAUUUAGAGCCUCGUACUAGACGAGAAAUUUUAGAAUGUCUUAUUAAAGGUCUGCAACGUUUGGAAUAUAGAGGCUAUGAUUCUGCAGGUGUUGCAUUUGAUGCAGAUGCUACUGGAAAUUCUAUUCAAAUUAUCAGAAGAAGUGGUAAAGUGAAAAUGUUAGAGAAUGAAAUUUGGGAUUCAACGGACAUUGACUUCAAUCAAGAAUUUUACAUGCAUGUUGGUAUCAGCCAUACUCGAUGGGCUACUCAUGGUGCACCAAGUGCUUGUAACAGUCACCCUCAACGAUCUGAUCCUCAUAAUGAUUUUCUUGUUGUGCAUAAUGGCAUAAUUACUAAUUACAAAGAUGUAAAGAAAUUUCUAAUGAAUCAUGGCUUUGAAUUCGAAUCUCAAACUGAUACGGAAGUUAUUUCUAAACUGAUCAAGCAUCUUCAUAAUAACAAUCCUCAUUUGUCAUUCAGAGAGUUGGUAGAACAAGUUAUUCAACAACUAGAAGGAGCAUUCGCUUUAGUUUUUAAGAGUCGGAAGUAUCCUAACGAAUGUGUGGCAAGCAGACGAGGUAGUCCUCUUCUUGUAGGCAUCAAAAGCAAAACUACUCUAGCAACUGAUUACAUACCAGUUUUGUACAGUAGUAAGGAUUUGGACAAACAAAGCAAACAAGAUCUCCGUUCUCUUCAGGCGUCCCCUUUGCCAACACUGAAUGCCACGGGUCUUCACAGAUCCGAUUCCACAACUGAAUUUCACCCUAUUGGUGAAGACAAAGAAGUGGAAUACUUUUUUGCGUCUGAUGCAAGUGCCAUUAUUGAACAUACAAAUAGGGUAAUUUUCUUGGAAGAUGAUGAUGUAGCAGCUGUCAAAGAUGGAAAUUUGACUAUUCAUCGUUUGAAACGGGCUCUGGAUGAGUCAAUUGCUCGAGAAAUAAUCACUCUAAAAAUGGCCAUACAAGAAAUAAUGAAAGGCAGUUAUAGUUCAUUCAUGCAAAAAGAGAUUUUUGAACAACCUGAAUCUGUUUUCAAUACGAUGCGUGGUCGAGUAAACUUGGAUAAAGAAACUGUUGUAUUGGGUGGUAUUAAAGACUACUUACCUGAAAUCAAACGAUGUCGAAGAUUGCUUCUCAUUGGUUGUGGUACAAGUUAUCACAGUGCAAUUGCAACUCGUCAAAUUCUAGAAGAAUUAACAGAACUCCCUGUUAUGGUCGAACUUGCUAGUGAUUUUUUGGAUCGGAAUACUCCUAUAUUUCGAGAUGAUGUAUGCUUUUUUAUAUCUCAAUCUGGUGAAACAGCAGAUACAUUAAUAGCUCUCAGGUAUUGCAAGCAACGUGGGGCACUUAUUGUGGGUGUAACAAAUACUGUUGGCAGUAGCAUCUGUCGGGAAAGCCACUGUGGAAUCCACAUCAAUGCUGGUCCUGAAAUCGGAGUUGCAAGCACAAAGGCAUAUACCAGCCAGUUUCUUUCACUUGUGAUGUUUGCCUUGGUGAUGUCAGAUGACCGAAUAUCUAUGCAGCCUAGGCGCAGCGAGAUCAUCCGAGGGUUAAAAGUUCUUCCUGAACAAAUUAAAGAAGUUUUGAGCCUUGAUAAUGAGGUCUUAGAACUAUCUAAAGAACUUUACCAGAAGAAGUCUGUUUUAGUCAUGGGAAGGGGUUAUAAUUAUGCCACUUGCAUGGAAGGAGCACUAAAAAUCAAAGAGCUUACUUAUAUGCAUUCUGAAGGUAUUUUGGCUGGAGAACUGAAACAUGGACCUCUGGCUCUUAUAGAUGAUGCAAUGCCUGUUGUCAUGAUCGUAACAAAAGAUCCUGUCUACACCAAAUGUAUGAAUGCUCUUCAGCAGGUAACAGCAAGGGGUGGUCGACCUAUUAUUGUUUGUGAGAAAGGAGAUAUAGAAACUCAGAAACAUGCAUUUAAAUUCCUGGAAGUUCCUCACACUGUCGACUGUCUUCAGGGCAUUCUCACAGUUAUUCCAUUGCAAUUACUCUCUUAUCACAUAGCUGUUCUCAGAGAAUGUAAUGUAUGUGAAAGACAUUUUAAAGAUGGUAAAGUGCUUUACAGAACUACUUUAUGAUAUGGGAAAACUAUUUACUCCUCUGAAGAAGCCCAGACUGAAAGAAAAUGAUGUGUCAGGUAUUUUUCCUGGCUGCCCAACAUAUUUGUCAUCAUCAACAUCCUCAAUUCGAGAGAGUCCUUCAAAAAAGAGGCAACGAUUAGAACAAAUCCAAAUUGAACGUUCCAUUACUGAAAACUUAAAUUCCAAACACAACUAUGACAACUUACUAAUUUUAAUGAAUUAAAAAAUGUGUUGAAGACCAUACCUUUUCUUCCGUUUGGACUAUUAUUGAAAAGAAUGAAAAUAUGUUUUAUCCACCUAUUUGUUAAUGAUGGCAUUCCUACCAUAACAUAUGCUGCAAGUAUAAACAUUGAUCUAUUUUUAAAUGCAUCAUUUAUGGGAGAAAGGAUUUUGAAACACGAGCAAUUCCCAUUACCAAUUAAAGUUAAUAAUAUAAAUCAAAUAUUUGAUAUUCUUGAUUAUUAUGAACAGGGUCCCUGUGAUAGAUUAUCAUGUUC